GCUCUUGAGUCGAGCGAACAGUGAAGGGAGACAGACAGCGUCUGAACGGCUGCACUGGAAGUGUGUGAUGGCUACCUAGCCUACUGAGCACGACGGCCAGCAAUUGUUUUUUUUGAGGCCCCAAAACGGAACUACCGCCCUUUAUUCAACGACGAAGGUGGUUGGGACGACGUCGACGGAAUGUGUACCCUGCUAACUUUUAUGUGCUAACGUUAAAUGAGACUUGUUCGUCGAGCGAAAUUCAACUUCAUCGAUCGCCCGAAAACAUUAACUCUUCUGAAAAUACGUUGAACGGAAGUUCAGCCAGGAUACAUUAUACGCGCUUGAAGACUUGUACUCUGUUUCAUACGAAGAACUACAUGAAUUUAACGGUUCAACUAUCCUUUGUAACUUGUCUUCCCCAACAGCGGUGCAAACUGUUUAGUAGUGGCGUACUUAAACGUCGGCUAAUUUUAGCACGCUAGCUAGCGUCGGAUACAUUAGCUGGCAUGCUAGCAGUACAGUAGUUCGCUACUGUCAGGACUUUACGACUAAUUCCGGCCACGUUUGUCAUGGCAAUGUCUUUAAUACGUGUUUCAACCGGAAGACUUUUUACCAAUAUGACGAAACAGUAAUAAAAAAAACAAAAAUCCAAAUUUUUGAAACUUAGGCCAUAAAUUUCGUAUGUUUGCAACUGCGGAGAAUGCCAUGAGUUGCGGUUUAAGUUAGCUUCUUGGUUCGUGUUUUGAGGACCGUCCCCGUGUUCGAGAGCAGUAGUUAUCCGAAUGAUGCAGUCUUGGGACAUAGUCUAAACCACCAUACCGAGCGACCAUGUUGGAUCACACCGAAUAACAUCAGCCUCGGAACAGGAGACGAGCUUCGAGUCGUGCGGUUGGCUCUGCGCCUUUUGUGCUAAUGCGAACAGAAGAGGACAACUUUCACUUGCCCUAGGGACAAAACAGCUCGCCUGAAGUCUUCACCAAUUUAUGCAUCGAAAAUGUCGGCGAUAUCCGCAUCCGAGAAAGUGGACGGGUUCACCAGAAAGUCCAUGAGGAAGGCCCAGAAACAGAGAAAAUCCCAAGGCUCGUCUCAGUACCGCACGCAGAGCGCCCCGGUGGAGCUUUCGCCGCUGCCGCAGCUCAAAGAUGCCCCCUCCACGGAGCAGCAGGAACUGUUCACCCAGAAACUCCAGCAGUGCUGCAUGCUCUUUGACUUCCUGGACUCCGUGAUGGACCUGAAGAGCAAGGAGAUCAAGCGGGCCACUCUCAACGAGCUGGUGGACUACGUCUCCACCAACAGAGGGGUGCUGGUGGAAUCCACCUACCCAGAGAUCACCAAUAUGAUCUGCACCAAUAUAUUCCGGACUCUUCCACCGAGUGACAACCCUGAUUUUGACCCAGAGGAGGAUGAACCCACUCUAGAGGCGUCCUGGCCUCACGUUCAGCUGGUCUACGAGUUUCUGCUGCGCUUUCUUGAGAAUCCGGACUUCCAGCCGAGCAUCGCAAAGCGCCACAUUGACCAGAAGUUUGUUCUGCAGCUCCUGGAGCUGUUUGACAGCGAGGACCCGAGGGAGAGGGACUUCCUGAAGACCAUUCUGCAUCGCAUCUAUGGAAAGUUCCUGGGUCUGCGUGCCUUCAUCAGGAAGCAGAUCAACAACAUUUUCCUGCGGUUCAUCUAUGAAACCGAGCACUUCAACGGUGUUGCUGAGCUUCUAGAAAUCCUUGGAAGUAUCAUCAAUGGGUUUGCGUUGCCUCUUAAGGCGGAGCACAAGCAGUUCCUGAUGAAGGUUCUCAUCCCGCUGCAUACUGCUAAAGGACUGGCCCUUUUCCACGCGCAGCUGGCCUACUGUGUGGUCCAGUUCCUGGAGAAAGAUCCUACACUCACGGAACCGGUGAUUCGCGGGCUGCUGAAGUUUUGGCCAAGAACCUGCAGCCAGAAGGAGGUGAUGUUUCUGGGUGAAAUUGAGGAGAUUCUGGAUGUCAUCGAGCCAACACAGUUCAAGAAAAUCCAAGAGCCGCUGUUCAAACAGAUCUCCAAAUGUGUGGCCAAUCCACACUUCCAGGUCGCGGAGCGAGCACUGUACUUCUGGAAUAACGAGUACAUUCUCAGCCUCAUCGAGGAAAACAUUGACAAGGUCCUUCCCAUCAUGUUCGGCAGCCUGUACAGAAUCUCCAAAGAGCACUGGAACCCGACAAUCGUAGCUCUGGUCUACAACGUGCUGAAGACGCUGAUGGAAAUGAACUGCACGCUCUUCGACGAGUUGACUUCCUCCUACAAAGCAGAACGGCAGCGGGAGAAGAAGAAAGAGCAAGAGAGGGACGAACUGUGGAAGAAGCUGGACGAGUUGAGGCUCAGCAACGCCGCUCUGGUCCAGAACAACAGCCACGGGCUCCUGGGUGUCCAGAACAACAACAACAACAACAACAACAGUAGUACUAACGGUGACAACCAAGACAAGAGCGCCGAGGCUGCAGCCGUCACCCCAGCAAACCAAGAUCCCGACGUGGGCGCGGCCACCGGCGAGAGCAGCCCAUGUGCCAAAUGACACCGGACGUCGGUUUUUUAUCCCGUAACGGUUUGACAACGUGUUCAGGACUGUCAGGAGAGGAUUAACGGCGACAGAUAAAAAACACAAAUUACACCUCAACAGUAUAUUAAAUCUACUAGAGUGACUUAGAACGCCAGCAUUUCCUUGGCCGAAAAUAUAUAUAUAUAUGUAUAUGUAUAUAUAUAUAUAUAUAUAUUUCAACUUAAGACUAUUUUUGGAUGUUACACUGUGGCUGCAGUAUAUUGUUUUAUUCGUCUGAUCAAAGAUUUAUCCAUUCACAUUUAGUUUAAUUGAAAAUGAUUAUUUUUGUUUGUUUAUAUUCGUUGUUUGAUACCUGGGAAAGGGGAGAAAAUAAUGACUUGAAUUCAAUGUUUCCGAUUGUGCUGCGCUUGGACGAGCUGAAUAGCUAUUUAAAGAUGUGUGUUUUUUUUAAUGCGCUUUUCCUUGUUGCUGCCAACACGUGGGUGCAAAACUCAAGGCAGAAGGGAACGCCGCUCUUUUGGGAGUAUUUAAGGGCAGAUGGGACCAGAUCCAUCUUUAUACAUUCAGUGUCCAUCAAUGUACAGAGAAGGGCCGUUUGUCGGGAGCAGAAGAAGCUACUGCUGAGUCGUCUCACGGUAGAGGAAGAGAAUGGCAGGUUUAUGGCCAAAACAAUAUAAAAAAAGGUUGAAUCCUAAAUUAUCACCGAUAUGGAUUGAUGUCUCGUAAGAAGUUACAACUUGUUCACAGUUCAGGAGGAUGGAACAUUUAUGAGAUUAUCUUUGUGAUUCAGGUGUUGGUGAUGAAAAAAAAAAAAAAAGCAAUGUAUCUGUGUGAAAACCUAAGAAGUUGUGACGCAACAUCUGCGUUUAUAAGAUUACACUAAAGUAUUGAGACGGGACUUUCAAGAGAUGUCGUUCAGCCUGACUGGAAUAAACAAAAGCGCCAAUGUUUUUGGGGGGAAUGUGUUUCGAGGAGAAGAUCCAUCGCGCAGUUGGAUCUUCUCAUCAAACGCUCGGCAAGAAAGAGAAUAAAAGUAUUUCCCAACAAUGUAAAAACCGUAGAUUUAGAACUAAAAAUAUGAGACCUACAUCACUAAGUUUCCUGAGUUUCCUUAGUUCAAAUAUUUUUGAAUGUUUGCUUUGGCAGAUGGGUUGUGAUGGGAAGCCGGCUUACCUUGCGUGCAUAUGCGUAUAUGUCAGUUCGGAGGCUACUUAAAGGGAAAUGCCACUCAAUUUAAGAUUUUCUGUACAGUACGUCGUCUCCGUGGUCUGCGAGCGCAGUCGGUGAUCAGCAAACGCGCGAAAAAGCAAAGCCCGUCAUUGGUCGUUUUACGAUUCACAUUCUUGCUGACGUUGUGUGUCAAUUUUAUAUCCAAGCGAGGCUCGUCGUGUAGUGGAGAUAUCAAGAAAACGAACGCUUGGCACAGCAAAACCCGAGAGGUGUUUUGGCGUCGGCGCCUGUUCGCUCCCUGCACCCUGCUCCCUCCCUGACUUUGUAACCCCCACAUUCGCUUUUAGUUUCCGGCGUUGGGAGCUGAUGAACACGCGGGUGAACGUGAUGAGACUGCCGUAGAUCAUAGGAACAACUUGUGUGACUUACUGUUUUAAAUUGAAUGGUGUUCCCUCCAACAACCCCCGAGUGUCUGCUCGCUAACUUCUUCUAUGUUCACAUUUUUAGGUCCAGUCUUUUCUGAUGCCUUUGUCAGUACAGCAUUCCAACCUCUUUGACGUUAAAAAAAAAAAGAAGAAAAAAAAAUGUGUGGGGAACCUGUUUUGUAAUCGCAGAUCUUAUUUAGGUUUCACCAUAAAAUAAAGUCUACUUUAUCUUUCUACUCAAA